UUUAGAAAGGGCGGUCAUGCCGCGUCUGCCACUGCUAAAUGAACAUGGUUAUGGUUCUUGGUAGAAAUAGAUCUAUACUUAACUCAAGCUAUAGUAUAUAGUUGUAUAGGAAAUAAAUAUUCCACAAUCGAUACUUAUUUGGAACUAACAUUUUCAUUUGGAAUUCUAGUAAUAUAUAGGAGUUACAGUAAGACGUCUGACAUGACAUGACGUCACUAUGGCUAGUGAUGUCCAUAAUUGCCCUGUGCUGGCCGCCCGGCCUCUUAGCACAAACUAGUCUCAAUUUUGUGAAAUACGAUGUGAUCAUUUGUGUGGACAGCAGUGUCACGAUUGGUCUUGACAACUUCAGGGCUUUACUGAAGUCCGUCUUGACGGAGUAUAUAGAAACAUGGCCUAUAGGCGAGGACGCGGUCAAGGUUGGAGUGAUAGCCUUUUCUACGACCCUUGAGGUCAUUUCUAUGACCGGUAACCUGACCUUGCUGGAGCAGAAAGUGCCCUUAAUGUAUUAUGAAGGACGGUCAACCAACACCCACCUGGCACUGGAUCAAGCAAAUACCAUGUUUAUAUCCAACGGGCGUACCGGGGUGCCAAAAGCCCUAAUUCUUCUCACCGACGGCAGAGCGCGGCUACCCGACAAGGCUUUUGAGUCGGCACAAGUUUUACGUAACAACAGUGUCAGUGUCUGGGCCAUAGGAGUGGGCACCAAGUAUAGUCUAUGGGAACUUCAACAAAUUACAGCCAACAUUACACGAGUCAAUUCAACGAGUACUUUUAGCCAGCUGACGCCAGUUGACCUGGGCAUUCCUCUUGUUCAAGUUGAGAGUUCUUCGACGUCAACUGUAAUCCCACCGGCUACGACUUCAACAGCGAUGUCGAGCAGUACAGAUACUGCUGCAACACUAACUUCGACAAGUUCCGUGAGCACAACAAUACAGCCAAGCACCUCGCCAAGUUUUAGUGUGACGUCAGCUUCAAAGGCCAGCUCAAACACAGAAAAAUUAAUAACGACCUCAGAUAAGCCCGUUUCCACGGCAACCCAAUCUCUAGAUAUUUCGAUGACAGCUACAAGUCAAGCCAGUUUAAUCGCAGCAACAUCUGCCUCAGCUAUCACAUCCACACCAACAUCCGCACCAACAUCCACACCAACAUCCACACCAACAUCCACACCAACAUCCACACCAAUUCUAACCAGUUUUACGCCAACAGUUUCAAUAAUAAGUUCGACUCCAAUACUUUUCAGUUUCACUUCUGCUUCUAACAUUCUAACAACCUCAAUUCCAUAUAAUUCAAUUGCAACCUUAACUUCUGCCAUUCCUUCAUCAACAACAGUUCCCUCUAAUUCUAUUGGAAUUUCUGCUUCCACCAUUCCUUCAUCAACAACAGUUCCCUCUAACUCUAUUGGAAUUUCUGCUUCCACCAUUCCUUCCUCAACUAUAGUUCCCUCUAAUUCAAUUGGAAUUUCUGCUUCCACCAUUCCUUCAUCAACAACAGUUCCCUCUAAUUCAAUUGCAACUUCAACUUCUGCCAUUCCUUCAUCAACAACAGUUCCUUUUAAUUCUAUUGGAAUUUCUGCUUCCACCAUUCCUUCCUCAACUAUAGUUUCCUCUAAUUCAAUUGGAAUUUCUGCUUCCACCAUUCCAUCAUCAACAACAGUUCCCUCUAAUUCUAUUCGAAUUUCUGCUUCCACCAUUCCUUCCUCAACUAUAGUUCCCUCUAAUUCUAUUGGAAUUUCUGCUUCCACCAUUCCUUCAUCAACUAUAGUUCCCUCUAAUUCAAUUGGAAUUUCUGCUUCCACCAUUUCUUCAUCAACAACAGUUCCCUUUAACUCAAUUGGAAUUUCUGCUUCCACCAUUCCUUCCUCAACUAUAGUUCCCUCUAAUUCAAUUGGAAUUUCUGCUUCCACCAUUCCUUCAUCAACAACAGUUCCCUCUAAUUCUAUUCAAAUUUCUGCUUCCACCAUUCCUUCCUCAACUAUAGUUCCCUCUAAUUCUAUUGGAAUUUCUGCUUCCACCAUUCCUUCAUCAACUAUAGUUCCCUCUAAUUCAAUUGGAAUUUCUGCUUCCACCAUUUCUUCAUCAACAACAGUUAUCUUUAACUCAAUUGGAAUUUCUGCUUCCACCAUUCCUUCCUCAACUAUAGUUCCCUCUAAUUCUAUUGGAAUUUCUGCUUCCACCAUUCCUUCAUCAACAACAGUUCCCUCUAAUUCAAUUGGAAUUUCUGCUUCCACCAUUCCUUCAUCAACUAUAGUUCCCUCUAAUUCUAUUGGAAUUUCUGCUUCCACCAUUCCUUCCUCAACUAUAGUUCCCUCUAAUUCAAUUGGAAUUUCUGCUUCCACCAUUCCUUCAUCAACAACAGUUCCCUCUAAUUCUAUUGGAAUUUCUGCUUCCACCAUUCCUUCCUCAACUAUAGUUCCCUCUAAUUCAAUUGGAAUUUCUGCUUCCACCAUUCCUUCAUCAACAACAGUUCCCUCUAAUUCAAUUGGAAUUUCUGCUUCCACCAUUCCUUCAUCAACUAUAGUUCCCUCUAAUUCAAUUGGAAUUUCUGCUUCCACCAUUCCUUCAUCAACAACAGUUCCCUCUAAUUCAAUUGGAAUUUCUGCUUCCACCAUUCCUUCAUCAACUAUAGUUCCCUCUAACUCAAUUGGAAUUUCUGCUUUCACCAUUCCUUCCUCAACUAUAGUUCCCUCUAAUUCAAUUGGAAUUUCAGCUUCUGUUAUUCCUACAUCAACAACACUUCCCUCUAAUUCUAUUGGAAUUUCAGCAUCCUCCAUUCCUUCAUCAACUAUAGUUCCCUCUAAUUCAAUUGGAAUUUCAGCUUCAACAAUUCCUUCAUCAACAACAGUUCCCUCUAACUUAAAUACUAUUGUAACGACAUACAUUGCAAUAGCGACCCCUAUUGCCUCUUCAAUAAGAUCCUCAGCAUCUAUCAUGCCUACAGCAACAUCAAUGUCAUCUAAUUCAAUUUCAACUUCAGCGUCCCCCAUUCUAACAACAAACACCUUUCCUUCUAAUUCGAUUGUAUAUUCAUCUUCCAUCAUUCCUACAUCAACCACAGUUCCCUCAUCAUCUUUUACCUAUUCACAAUCUCCUCAAACAUCAUCCUCUGGUUUGCAGCCUUCACAGUCAUCUCUAAAUCAGCAGACGUCUACUUUGAAAGCAACCAGUCUCUUUCCAGCACCUAGUACACUCCUAUAUUCCUCAACCCAGGCAUCAGCCUAUCCACCAAGUCCAAGCUACUCAGUCUCUCAGACCACCCCAUUGACCCACGUUUCGACAUCUGACUGGCUGGUGUCCAGUUCAUGGUCAAUAGUACCUUCCAAAACGACUGUGCCAAUGUCUUCAAGCGCUAUUGUAUCUCAACCGCCAUCCACGACUCCGUUGCCAAAGACAGGGGGAGACAAAAGUGUCUCUUUCAAUGAUACUGAGUUAGAGGCGGGGCUCUGUCUCUACGCCGAUGCAAAACAAGGGUUUGGGUUCGCACCCCACCCCCAGGACUGUGACAAGUACAUCCAGUGCUUCUUAUCGAACGAUAGAAACGUCACGGCUUCCAUCAGAUACUGUCCCCGAGGUCUAUUCUGGAAUCAGGAGAAGCUUACCUGUGUCAAACCAGACGGCUGUAACAGUAUCACUACCUGCCGAGACCCUUGUCGAUACAAGUUCAACGGAGACACCUACAGAAUGGACGGCGGCUGCGGCCUGUACUGGGAGUGCUACAAAGGCGUAUCCCAUGGAAGAAGCUGUGAUCCCGAGGAAGCCUACGUUCCCGGUCGUGGAUGUGUGUAUACACCAGGCUGUCCCCAUGUUAGUAUAAGAUCAACAAAUUGUGACGACACGUGUGACGCUCGUCCUCUGCCAGAUCUUUCAGGCUACACCACAGUGCUGAAUCUAGGAGCCUACAAAAUGGCGUGUCUGUACAACACCCGCUUUGAUAUAGCCUCGUGCUUAUGCAAACCUGAUCACUAUUUCCAUGAAGCCUGUCACUACACCAUGAAACUUGACCUCAGGCCUCGACUGUCGAUCAACGGAAGCUGGGAGAAUAAUGAAACCAGUGUCGCUUCCAUUGACACAAGAAUAGAUGCGGACCAAGCCUGCAACAGCAUCUGCGUGGACCAGAAAUCCAGAAGGCCUCUGGCAUUGCACUUCAGGUACAGGAGGGCGCCUUCGCCAGGUGCAGGCAAUCAACGAGAGGAAAUAUUGAUUAGAUCCAGGGAGUGCUCCAGUGGUGGACUUUUUGCAUUGACCGAGGACGGCGAGACGUUGAAGGUCAGGUUGAUUUCCAAGAAAGGUCAAAUCGUGGUAUUUUCUCUUCCGCUGUUGGGUUUGAACGAUACUGAUUGGAGACAGGUCAGAGUGGAGUACUCUAAGGGUGAACUCACCAUGAGCGUCUCUACUGGACGAUUGACGUACACAUCCUUUAACAAAGGUGGUGCCCACAUCCAGGUCGGUGUCUGCGGUUGGCUAGUUGGAGAUCCUGGCGAUCUGGUGAAAAAUGUCGGAAGUUAUACAGGAGAACUCCAAGAGGUUUAUUUAUCCAGAUGUUUUGAGUACGGCCAAUAGCGGACAAGUAAACAUCGUUUCCAGUAUUUUGGUGUGGACAUUUUUCAAUCAAAUCUAUUGAUAUGUUACUUUUUAAAAAAAAUGCUUAUCUAGUUUUGAAUUAUUACUCGUAAAUAAGAGUCUGAAACUCAACUAUGUUCCAUAUAAUGGGUACCAGAUUGUUUAGAUUUAAAAAGAAAAAUGUAAGAAAUAUCUAUGCGUUAUAGGAAAGAGAAAUUAGCCAAUGCUUAUAUUGUGUGUUUUAUCCUAUCCUUAACUUCAAAAUGCUUUGUCUCUUCGUUAUAUUAGUCAUCUACUGUUUAGAAUAUUUUACAGUAUAUAAAUACAGCAAUCUUGUUCUCACAGUAUGCUCUGAAUUUUUAAAAUGAUUUCUUUAAUAAGAAUCCAAAUGUGAUUGCGUCUUCCAAAUAUUUGUAUUGAAUUGCUUAAUGUUUGACUAUCACUCAAGGGAGAACACUAAUAAAAAAAAGGGUAUUUAAUUAUAUCAUUAAAGAGUUGUCUCUCUUGACGUUUUUACAUUUAACAAUAUUUUAAAAUCAUUGUUAACGAUUACAUCAUAUAUAUGAUACUGGAAAAAUUUCUGAAAUUGCCAUUGAAAGUUACAUACAGAAAUUCAUGAAGAGAUGCCAUUUGCUUUAUUUAUAUGAUUCAUCAUGGUAGAGGCUUAUUUGAAAAGGAAUGAUUGCCUCAAAUGUGUUUCAAUGAGAUCUAGAAUUAUCUUUAGAAUGAGAACCAUGUCAAUUGUCAUCAAUAAUAUUUAGGAAUAUUGAUAUGCAUUAAAAUUUAUUUUGAUAUUUU